UAUGCCGGUGUGGCUGAGAAAGUAGUUCAUCAAAUCAAAAUGGCGGCGACGCCAAUAAAAUUAGUGUCUGUCUGCACUUUAUGCUUAGUUUCAGAUAAACGACUCUUUUGCAUAGCAAAUAAAAGAGCAGCUAAUAUUCAUGCGCAAUCAGUAGUUGAAUUCUUGGUUUCGAAACCAAUUACAAACAUUAUGGACAAGCUCUUCCUUUGCCAGUCCUGUAUGAAACUAUGCGACAAGUUGACAACGUACAGGGGGAAUGCCAUAGCACAUGUUGAAAGAGUGACUACAGAAUCUUGUCGAGCUAAAAGAUGUGCCAAUACACCAGUUGAGACUCUGCAAACACUGUCUAGGAGUCCAAGUGCUGCUGAAAGUAUUACCCUCUCUGUCGAGAAACUGAAACUCUCAGAUGGAACAGAUCAAUUCAGAAGCAAGAGUGCCACUGCUCAAAAAGCAAGACGGAGCAUACAGUUUCAGGACCAUUCCUAUGCAGUGAAAAAUAAGUCCAGAAGUCCAAGUGCUGCAGAAACUAUUAUCCACUCUGUUGAGAAACUGCAACUAUCAGAUGAUAGAGAUAAAAGCAGAAGCAGUAGUGCCACGGCCCCAACAGCAAAAAGGAGCAUUCUGUUUGAAGAACAUGCAUAUAUGAAGACAAAAACAACAGAAGUUCACUGUUCCCUAGAUACAUUAGAGAAGGAAACUGAAUUAAAAAUUCUAAUGAAAACAUUAAGUGACAUUCAAGACAGUCAUAUGCAAGAACUAGACUCUCAGCUGAGCUGUUUUUCUGGAAUGAAGAGUUUUCUUUUCAAAAAGGACGGUUUAAGUGAGGAUACUUUCUUCCUGGACGCAGUUCUGGAGAUGUGCAAGGGUUGUCCUCUUCUUGCUCAAUGUAUUUUUACAGCAUUGGGUAAAAAAAUAUCUAAAGAGGCGAUGAUAGCAACUGCAGCAACAAUAUAUGGUAUGAUUCUGCACUGUCGAAACAAACAAGUGUCUGGUUUACAACGACUGCUGACUACAGUGUGUAUACGAUACAAUGCAGACAACAAGAUGAUUGUGCCCUCAACAACAAUGACAACGGUACAUCAAUUUUGCUUCUGACGCAUCUCAAUAAAGUACACCUCACGUUGAGUGAAGAGUCGAAGAGAAAACUAAUCCAGGAUUUUGGCGAUAAGUCAGAAAAUUCUAUCAUCAGUGCCAUCGCAGAAGGACAUGAUGGAAAAU